CUGGAUUAUCACAUCUACCUCUGCAUACAAGGUGCUAGAAUGGAGAAGAGAGACUCUGAGACUCUACCAGUCCCGACUAGUCACGGAGCCCUUUCUGAAGAUGCCAGGAUGAAGUGGAGCCUCUGGCCGCAGGUGCUGUGAAAGGAGCUGGCUCAGAGCCUUGGCCCUCUGUCUUCCCCUUUUCUUCCAUCUUUAGUUAGGGAUCCUGGGCUCUCCUCUUCUCUCUGGGAAGCUGGAGCCUGAUUGCUUCAUUCCCAGGGAGGGAGUGCCCUCUAGGGCCAGAGAGAGUUAAGGCUGGAGGAGAAGGCACCAGCUGGUGAAGGAGGGCAGGGCCUGGAGGCCAAGUCUGGAAGGGAAGGAGCUGCUGGCCAAUGAGGGGCAAACUGACUGCACCCUGACCUACUGGGCUGGAACAGCACAGGACCCACAGGCUGCCAUCCACACUCUCUGGGUUGGUGUCCUGGGAUCACGUGGGGAUGCUGCCGUGGCUUCUUGUCUUCUCUGCUCUGGGUCUCCAGGCCUGGGGUGAUUCCUCCUGGAACAAAACACAAGCUAAACAGGUAUCAGAGGGGCUUCAGAACCCAUUUGAGAACAUCCCCCAGCUCACUGAAAAAGAUGUCUCCACACCGGUCUCUCGCAAGGCAUGGGGGGCAGAAGCUGUUGGCUGCAGUAUUCAGCUGACCACGCCAGUGAAUGUCCUUGUUAUACACCAUGUCCCUGGACUGGAGUGUCACGACCAGAGAGUCUGCAGCCAGAGACUGCGGGAACUGCAGGCCCAUCAUAUCCACAACAACAGCGGGUGUGACGUGGCCUACAACUUCCUGGUUGGGGAUGAUGGCAGGGUGUAUGAAGGUGUUGGCUGGAACGUCCAAGGAGUGCACACCCAAGGCUACAACAACAUCUCCCUGGGCUUUGCCUUCUUCGGCACUAAGAAAGGCCACAGUCCCAGCCCUGCUGCCCUGUCAGCCAUGGAAAACCUAAUCUCCUAUGCUGUCCAGAAGGGCCACCUGUCAUCCAGCUAUGUUCAGCCACUUCUUGUGAAAGGUGAGAACUGCCUGGCCCCUCGACAGAAGGCGAGCCUGAAGAAAGCUUGCCCCAGCAUUGUCCCACGGUCUGCGUGGGGGGCCAGGGAGACCCACUGUCUCAGGAUGACCCUCCCAGCGAAGUAUGGCAUCAUUAUCCACACUGCCGGGAGGACCUGCAACAUUUCCGAUGAGUGCCGCUUGCUGGUCCGGGACAUCCAGUCUUUCUACAUAGACAAGCUCAAGUCGUGCGACAUUGGGUAUAACUUCCUGGUGGGCCAGGACGGCGCCAUUUAUGAAGGGGUGGGCUGGAAUGUCCAAGGCUCCUCCACCCCUGGCUACGAAGACAUUGCCCUGGGCAUUACCUUCAUGGGCACCUUCACAGGUACACCACCAAAUGCUGCAGCACUAGAGGCAGCCCAAGACCUGAUCCAGUGUGCCAUGGUCAAGGGGUACCUGACUCCCAACUACCUGCUGGUGGGCCACAGUGAUGUGGCCCAAACCUUGUCUCCUGGGCAGGCUUUGUACAACAUCAUCAGCACCUGGCCUCAUUUCAAACACUGAGAGAAGCCCCAGGUCCUUCUGAGACUGCUCUCCCUCCCCUGUCAGGUCUCUCUUGUCCUCACCAUCCACCUUGGCUCAACACCUUGUGUCCUCCUCCUCUGCCAUCCCAUCCUGUGCUUCCUUUUUGAGGUUGGGAUGAUCAUGCCCUCUCCUGCCAACAUCCUCCAAGGGCCUACAAACCUCAUAGCUGGACAUUCACAGUCCUCCGAGUCUGAGUCCAGACUUCUUCUCUCCUUACCUUCCUCUCACCUGGAAACCCAACUCCUCAGCCAGGUGAGACAAGGUACCGGUUCUUGUUUCAUUUCUCUCUCUCUCUCUCUUUCUCUCUCUCUCUCUCCUUCUCUCUCUCUCUCUCUCCAUGCCCCUCUGCCAGGUGAGCCUUCCCCUGGUGUCUGCCUGGCAGCCCCCACCUCCCACCUAUCACCCCUCACCCAUAACUCAGGUCAAUGAGACCACUCUUCUUUCUUACACAUAAACUUGUAUAUAUUUGGAUGCAGCCCUUAUUUAAGGGCUGUCAUUAUUUAUAGAUAUGUCUAUCCUUGCCACUUGGUUGUGAGUUUCUCCGGGGGAAGAACUGUGUUUUAUUCAUCUGUAUGUCCUCUGUUUCUCAGCAGUGUCUGAAAUUUAAUAGGUUCUACUGAUAUUUAUUCAAUAAGUGGAUGAAUAAAUGAAUGAAGAGAUCCAAA